UCAAAAUUUCAGUCCGGCACAGCACACAGAAACACAAUGCUAUGCAGAGAGGUUCUUCUGCACACGUGGUUUCCUCCCUUCCCUUCACAAGCACAAAUGUCACUUGCACUUGUCAAAUUUGAAUUCCACUACCCAAGACUGUAAAUGUUGUGGGGUGUCACCAUCUAUAUAUACCACGUCUCAUUUUUCCAUCAAAAAACUAGCUCCUACUUAGCAGACACACAGAUUAAGGUUGGUUAGUUUCCUAGGUUUUGGACAUUAUAAGGUUGAGUUGUACUACUUACUAAUCAGAAGAAAAUGUCACUAAUUAUAAGGGUGUCUUUCAUUCUUGCUUUGGUAAUCUCACUUGCUUAUGGCAAUGAAGAGGGAUGGAUUGAUGCUCAUGCCACUUUCUAUGGAGGUGGUGAUGCUUCUGGAACAAUGGGUGGGGCUUGUGGCUAUGGAAAUUUAUACAGCCAAGGGUACGGGACUGACACGGCGGCGUUGAGCACAGUACUGUUCAACAAUGGGCGGAGUUGUGGGGCUUGUUUUGAGAUUAAAUGUGUGAAUGACCAAAAGUGGUGCCUCCAAGGCUCAAUUGUAGUCACUGCCACCAAUUUUUGCCCUCCAAAUUAUGCACUUUCAAAUAAUGCUGGCGGGUGGUGCAACCCACCUAACCAUCAUUUUGAUCUCUCUCAGCCUGUCUUCCAAAAUAUUGCUCAAUACCAAGCUGGGAUUGUUCCUGUUAGCUAUAGAAGGGUACCCUGCAAGAAGAUGGGUGGCAUCAGGUUCACAAUCAACGGUCAUUCUUACUUCAACCUAGUCUUGAUCACCAAUGUUGGAGGCGCAGGCGAUGUCCAAGCAGUUUCCGUCAAAGGUUCAAGGACUGGUUGGUUAACCAUGUCCCGAAAUUGGGGUCAAAAUUGGCAAAGCAAUGCUGAUCUCGACGGUCAAUGCCUCUCUUUCAAAGUCACCACCAGCGACGGCCACACGGUGGUCUGCAACAAUGCCAUCCCGACCGGUUGGUCCUUCGGCCAAACUUUCACGGGUGGACAAUUUACUUGAAACUAGUUCGAUUGUAGGGUUAAAAUGGUCAAUUCAUCCAAUUUAUGCUUGUUUCUUAGCAUCGUAAUUGCAUUGUAGAACGUGAAAACGGUUUGUACGUGUCUAGUAUUCGUUAUGAAUGCAAUUGAGUCAAAAUGGGUAGAGCUUAUUUUAGGGGUGGCUCUAGCCAUUUUUGGUCACGUGAGGUAUGUAUGGUUCUGUCUAGAGCUUUUUAAAAGGGCAGAAUUGGGUCUUUCUCCAGUACUUCAUGGAGGUGUAAUAUUUUAUUUAUCGUAUUGAAAAUCGCAAUUUGAAUGAA